AAAUAAAUGUUUGUGCUGCCCAUUUCCAUCCGUUGUAAUUUUUAUACAAUUUCAUUUAGUUCCAUUUCGCGAAAGAAAUGGGUUGUAGCAAACGAACUCCAGUCCAAAGAAAUAAUCCCUACCUUCAGCGCCUUUAAGUUAUACAAUAUUCAAGACAGUUUGAGUUGUGAUGCUAGCAAACAAGCGGUGUUUAUUUUGAAACGAAAGAUGUGUUGCGUUAUAAAAGUUUCUCAUACAACGUGUUUUUCUGUUGUGUGACCCAGAGAAACUAAUGAAUUUGUCUAUUUGAGAACCUAUGUCAAUCCAUUCGCUGGUGGAACAUGAAGGGCUUUUAAACUGUUCUGUGGAGAGCUUUGCUAAAUAGUAAACGUACUUUCUAAAGAUGUAAUGCCGUUGUACUCGCGUAAUAAUUAUUUCAAAUACUUAUAAAACGAUGAUUAGUAUCACGCUUUCUUGCUGUAACAGAGAGAACAUGAAAUAAACCUACUCUUUCCAAAAAUAUCUUUUAUUCGAUUUAUGGAUAAGUUCAUCUGUAAUUGUUCACAUUCUGUAUAGUACCGUAGUAGGAAGUUAAAUGAAAAAAAAGGCCCGUUUUCUUGCAGUGAAAUACAUGGCGCUAGGUACCUCUAGAAGGUAAAGACAGGAUUGCAUUUUAAACAUUACGGAAGAAAUUGCAUUAUAUUUCAGAAUUUAAUGAUCAUGAUGUGAAAAUGAAUUUAUCAUCUACUGUUCGUGUGCUUUCAAUUUUAAUAGUUCAGAAUUGGUAUUUCUUCUAAGAAUAUGUUUAGUUUCGGAAAUAAACCUAAGAUUAAUUUGUGAGAAACAGUAUGGCAACAGAUUUAAAAGAUGUCCUGUGUGAUUUCUCAUAGUAUGCAUGUAUAUUCUUAUUUACGUUUAAUAAAGAAUCAUACAUGUUGAUAGAAAUGAAAGUCAGGAACGUUAGUGCUUAUUUGUAAAUACCUGACAGUAGGUAAUGAUAAGGAAAGGUGCUACUCACUAUAUAGCAGACAUGCUUGGCAUGGCACAACAAAAAGAAUGUCACAAUAAAGCUUUCGGCAGGUAAGACCUUAGUCAACAAUAGUGUGUGUAUUGUUGACAAAGGCCGAAACCUUUGAGACAUUCUUUUUGUUGUGUCUAUCUGCUACUCAGCACAUCCGCUAUAUGGUGAGUGGCAACUUCCCUUUUCAUAAAUUGUUACAUUCAAUCCUGGAUUUUCUAUUGCUUGUCAUGUAGAGCUAUCUUUCCAUUUUGUUGAAAUGUUUUAGAGUAUUAUGAAAAUUCAAAAUGUGAAUACAGCAACGCAAGUAAAAUUCUGAUAAUCAUAAAAAAAUGAAAACACAAGAUAGUUUACUUUAGUGCUUUGGAAAUCUUAUUACAUGCACAUAGUGAGACCUGCACAGUGAUGACUUGUAGAACGGAAAAAAAAAAAAAAAAACAUCUAACAGGCAUUUUGACAAUGACACUGCUAUACAGAGAAAUAAAAAGAAUUAACAGGAGUAGUAACCAGCAAAGUUUCAGAAUGGCUGAGGAACAGACAACUGAAGUUGCUACAAGAAUGGGGACAAGAAGACAGACAAUGCUAAAUGAGAGGAAAGCUAAGGAAGAACAAAAUGAACAACAAAAUAAUAAACCAAAUGAAUGUGCAGAACCGUUUGCCUGCUGUGGCUGUAACAGAACAUUUAGCACUCCAGCAGGUUGCAAAAGGCAUAUGCGUUACUGUGCGUUAGCUGAUGGAUCGUUAUUAGUGGUAGACAAGAGUAACAUGGACAACGCCAAUGGGCCUGAGUACAGUUUACGAGGCAGGCAAAAUUCAGAGAAAAGUGAAGCAGCUAACGCAACAGAAGCACAAACUAAUGAUAGCCCUCAGCAACAAAUAAAAGGCACAGUGUUGAAUACAGUAAAUGAGCUUAUAGACGAAACUUCAGCUUUGGGUCCAGGUAAAUGUCACUGUUGUGGUGAAGACCUCGACACUGCACACUCGGGGGGUGACUUUGAAUGUGUUGAUUGCUCUAAAAGCUUCAAGUUGAAGUCCAGUCUGGAGAGGCACAGAAGAGUGAUUCACAUGGAAGGAGAGACAUAUACAUGCCCAGAGUGUAAUGCAAGAUGUCCAGACAAAGGAACUCUUGCAAGGCACAUGUACACUCAUACGGGUCUGAAACCCUAUUCAUGUUCACGUUGCCAGAAAACCUUUAGCAGAAAAUAUCAUUUGGAGCGACAUGUUGCACAAACAGGCUGUGAUGGGAAGUCAAGGCCAAGUUUUCCAUGUCAGGUGUGUGGGCGAAUGUUCAGUCGGAAAGAUAAUUUGAGGCAGCAUUUACGUGCUCAUGCAGGUCAGGUGAUACGAAAGAAGACUUAUACAUGUGAACAUUGUCAUCAUGAGUUUCAGGGUGCUACACUUUUGCAGGUGCAUUUGAGGACACAUACAGGUGAGAGACCAUAUCCUUGUGAUUUCUGUCCAAAGAGAUUUCCUUCAAGUGGUGCGAUGAAGAAACAUCGAAGGAUGCACACUGGCGAGCGACCUUAUGAAUGCAAGGAGUGCUAUGCCAAAUUCGCAGCAAAGGAAACACUGAAUCGUCACAUACGUACGCACACGGGUAUCAAACCUCAUAUCUGCCAGUUCUGUGGCAAGAGUUUUAUACAGUCUGCCCAACUUCGAGCUCACAUUUUCCAUCAUACAGGCGAAAAUGGGUUCACAUGUUCCCAUUGCGGCAAGGCAUUCAAUCGCAGAUCUCGUCUUCUUAUGCAUGUGAAAUAUAUUCAUGAAGGUGCAAAACCAUAUGAAUGUGAGCAAUGUUCAAAAACAUUUGUCCGAAAGGAAGAUCUGGCUCGUCACACUAUUCUACACUCAGGCAUAAAAGCACACAAAUGCCCAAUUUGCCAGAAGAGCUUUGCCAUGAAAUCCUCAUUGAAGAUACAUCUUUUGACACAUACAAAGGAACCACCCCGUUCUUGUGAUGAAUGUGGAAGAGCAUUCAUUCGGCAAGACUGUUUACUCCGUCACAUGCGCACCAAGCACAGAGACAUGUUGGAGGAGAUAUUGGCUGAAACAGAAAAGAAAAAACUGCAACAGCAGCUUCUAGCUGCAGCAGCAGCUCAAGGGCCUGUUGGAUCUGGUGUGGGCCUGAAUGGUAGCGGAAGUGAUGGAAGUUCAGGUGAUCCUAGUAGCACACCAUCACUCAGUGAAGCUGCUCUCGCUGACUCAGUUCGUGAGCUGCUGGCACUGCUAGUGGACGAAGCCACUCUAAAGGCUUUUGGAUGGCCAGAAACACAAGUUGACCAGUUGCUAGAGGCAGUCAUUCGUCGAUGUGGUCAUCAGCCUGUAACCUCAGAGGAGCUAUUGUACACAGAUAGAUUGCGUGAAAAUGCCAAGCUGCUGUUCACUGUUGUCAUAGAUGACUCUGCUGUCAAGACUUUGCUCAACAAUCAGACUGUGGACGAAGUUAUUUUGCAUGUACUUCGUCUCGCCAAGUCAUAAAAAUAAUUUUGUGUGUGGCUGGGUGGGUGGAUGGGUGUGCGCGCGUGCACUUAGUUAGCUCCUGUCUCCCUGGUGUUUAUAUUGUUUCAACAGAACCUGUUGCAUUCAUUUCAGUCAUUUCAGAUAUAUAUUUGAUGGCAUCUUAUGUGUUGAACUUAAAGUUUCACUUUUUGAUUCUUCUUCAAUGAACACAUUACACCCAGAGCCUGAAGUCAGUGAUUUUGUUAGCACAAAUGUAGGUGCUUCUUGCACAGAACAUUUCUCUUUGCAUACCACCGAAUAAUCAAAGGAUUCAGGUAUGAAGUUUCUGUUAUGCUUUUACAAACUGUUCUUUUUUCUCUUUCUGCUUUCAGACUUCAGUAACAAUUGAUUGUUGCAUUUAAUAAUGGAGAUAUCUCAGUUAACCUUAGGGUAAUUGUUACAGACCUCUUUCUUAUAUCAUAAUUGUUCACAUUUACACCAUUUCUAUGCAAACUGCAUUCCAUUGUGUGAGUUUUCUUGAUUAGAAAUUUCCUUGUCUGCAAUUUUCCUUCCAUAUGUAAAAUCAUUCUGAUCAUAAUUUCUCCAUGGUUUGGGGAAGUAUCUGUUUGACAUGAUCCAUAAUUUGUGUCAAAUGCAGAUGUAAUCACAAAGUAUAGACAUCUUUGAGGCUCGCACAGUUGCAAAAUUCAGCCGUAUUUGUAAGGAGUCCAAUGUAUGUUAGCUUUAGGGACCAUGAAAUUUAUCAGUUUGUUUUCAGAGUGAAAUAUCAAAUCCUACUUUUAUUAAUACAGAUUAUAUUUUGUGAAUACUCGUUAUCUUGACUGAUACUAAGAGCCAUCGGGCAACUAAGAGCACCAGCAGAAAAUUAAUUAUUUGUAAAAAGAAAUAUGAUGAAACAUGUAACUAUAUUUUUUGUAUGUAAAUGAUGAGAAUGUAAGAUAUGAAUUAUUUUUUGAGAUAUUGACCUCAUUCUUUUACAAUUAUAAAGUCUUUUGAUACAUAAGUGCUCUGUACAAAUCCAAUUUUGUAAAAUUUCUGGCACUUUCUUGUAAUAUAGUCACAGAAAUAUAUGAAAAAGCAGCACUGAAAGAUUUGCAAUUCUCGUUUGAGAGAUUAUAGCAUUUUUUGUAUUUUGAUAAGCUGUGGUUUUACGUUGAAUAGCUCUUAUAUCUAUCAUUGAUUAUAUUUUCCUUGCAACAUUUUCUUCCGCAAAUGAUCCAGUAAUCUUUCAGGCCUGGUGAGAAAAUGUUAAUAAAUGCCAGCAAAUAUAUAUUUUGUAACAAAGGAACAUACGGCUUUACUGUAUAUUAUGGCAAUAAGGUAAAUUUUUCUGGCAAAGAGAUUGGAUUGUGGCAACACAAGUGUCAGAAAAGAAUACGUGAACCCAGCCUCAUAGGACAUACAUGUAAUUAUUUGAGAGACACUCUGAGAGAGUGAGAGUGUGGAAUAUAUUUUUAGAGAAGUAUUUCAUUUUACAAUUGAGAUGAAGAUGCUUCCAUGUUGUAGUACUUACUGUGUAAUAAUUAUUUAUUCUGUGCUGUUAAAUAGCAGUUACCUGGAUAUCAAGCAGCUGAAUGUAUUAACAGUCCAAUCUAAGACUAUUGUCUUAUUUUUCAUAUCAAUUUGAUAUAGGUGUUGCUUGACAGCUGAUUGUAGGAUGCUCCAAAGCAAGUUGAUAUGUGAAAGUAACUUUUUUGCAAAUAUUACAAUACUAAAUUUUUCCUCACAGGUAACACACUGUAGUGUGUGAUAUGAUAUAUUACACAUGAAUAUAUAUUUGCAUGUUCUUUGAUUCACUUUUUUUUUACAUGCAAACUUAAACAUAAAAUCACUUAUUUGUCUCAGCUGAAUUGGAUCCAAAUAUUAAUAGAUUUUUUGGGGUUGGGGGAGAGAGAGAGAGAGAGAGAGAGAGAGAGAGAGAGAGAGAGAGAGAUAGAUAGAUUAGUUACCCAAACUGUGACACUCAAUAUUUAUUAAAUCAAAGUGCUAAUUGUGACACUCAGUAUUUGUUAAAUCAAAGUGCUAACUAAUUAACUCAUUUUCUAAUGGCCUGGUCAAGGUGUUGUGAAAUUCCCUAUUUAUUGCAUUUUUAAAUGCAAGAGAACUUCAUGUGAAUACCUUAAUAAGGUAUUUCAUUUUUAGUGUGAUUUGUGGGAAAAUAGGUUAUGUAAUUGAAACAUACGUGUGGGUUUCCAAAAGUGUAUCAUGAACAGAUCUGUAUGCCUCAUCUACAAAGGAAAAUGACUAAAACCAUUAUUAGUAAUUGUUAUAUUUAAUGUAUGUAAUAUGCUGGUUCAGCACAGGUAAUAAUCCUGUUGGGCACAUUAUCAAGUUGCAAAAAUUGAUGUUUUUAGAGAAAAUUUCAAGGGAAAGAGGUUUUGUUAAAAAUAAUGUAUGUAUUUGAAGUGUUUGAUACAAUUCUGUUAUAUGGCACAUAUCUGAUAAGAUUAACUACUUUUCGUAGAAGAAAUGGUUAGGAUUCUAUCCCCUUCCUGCUGCUUGAAGUAUCGUACUGUUGUACCUUGGACACCUCUUCCAGUUUUUAAAAGGGUGAGUGUUUUUUUUUUUUUUUUUUUAAAUUCAUGUUUGAGACUUUACAGAUGUUUUAUUUAUUUAUUUAUGACAGAUAUACAUUUCAUUAGACUACCACACUAGAUAUCACUUUUUGUAUUCUUUAUCUCCACAAAAAAAUAGAUGAUUUGUAUAGAUUUGUCAGAGCUCAGUAUCAUCUGGUGCAUAUAAUACAGUACAGUUGUAGUGUAUAUAUUUUCCUCGUGAACCAUGCUGCAUUGAAUGUUUUGAAUUCUGUUUCACAGUUAAUUGGUAUAUCUCCUAAAGAGGCAAGGCAAAAAGAGAACAAACAAAAUUUAAGUCUGUGAUUGACAAUGUCAGUCAUAAAAUUCUUAGUAGAGUACUAAAUUUUCAGGAAAAGAUGAUAUUUGCUCUACAUCAGCCUUUAACAAGCAUGUCAUGUAAUAUUCGUUCUUGGUAUGGUGUUUCAAUGCACUAUACACCUUUGACUUUUAACUGCAUGGAGGGCUACGUGAGUCAUUUCUGUGGUUUGCUAUUUGCUGUGGCCUGUCUGCUCUCUCUCUCUCUCUCUCUCUCUCUCUCUCUCUCUCUCUCUCUCUCAUGCAUAGUAGAAUAAACAAACAGACAAACACAAAAUUUCUUUUGAUAGUCUGUUAUCCAUUAUGAUUUAGUGAAUAAAAUAAUAUCAUUCUAAAUAUUAAAAAAGACAUUUAAGACAAAGAAUAGAGUUUACCCACGACAAAGAGGUGAUGUUGAGCGGCAGACAGGCACAUUUGUUAUUCCAUUCUGGAUUUUAUGUUACUUGAAUAUCACAAUCAAUAUUUUUUCCUGAAGCAGAAGCCAGAAUAUCUUCUCCCUCUGCAUUGAGAUCAAUGUAUAAUGUCAAAUAGGUAGGAGCAUAAACUUAGACCCAAAUUAGUAUCAUUGCAUUUUGACCUUUCAGUUUGCUAUAAACAAUUUCAUAAAGACUGCAUCUUGCAGAAAAGGACUUCCUUUUCACACACACCUUUUUUUGUUAUAGACACGUUACUGAACAAUAAAGAGUCACUUACAUUUUGUAUUGAUGACUGUACAACAAAAACUGGGACACCUUCCAAGCACACAUUGUCUGCAAAUACACUAUCUCUUUUCUGUACUAAUAUCUCUACCAUCUGCAGAAAAACUUUGAAAUCAUAAGUACUGAUGUUGAGAAUGCAGUGUGGACUGGUCACUUUACUGCUGUACUCAAGUUGUGUAGAUGAGUAAACUGCUCAUGUUUUUCUCUGUAACUGUAGUAAUGUUUCAAACCCGUCAAAAAGUGAAAGAAAUGUAUAACAUGACACUACGAACGUGUGUCAGAUUGCCUUGAAUCAUCCCGCAAAGAGGUAUGGCUGCAACUAUUUUCUUUUCAUUUAAAAAUGAUGUACGUAACUUUCAUUUGACAGCUGAAAGUUUGACCAACCCUUGUCCAUGUAGGAGGCUCAGCAUUAAAGUUUUAUGGUCUGGAUCAUUACACAUCCAAUUUUUAAAGACUCCUAAGGAGUUUCUGAUUUUUGUCAUUGUAAUUAAUACUAUGCUGGUUUUGAUUCAGUAGUUUGUAUUUUACAGUAAACAUUGUCUGUUAGUUACUUGAUUCAAGUAUUAUUUUCUGAGUUGAAAUUAAAGGGAAAAUUAUAUUAUUUUUGUGAUAUAAUCUACCAUUUCACUCAUUUUUAAUACCAUAAACUGGGGUGAAUAGGGGCAGAAUUUCAGGUUUUUAAAUAAUAAAUACAGUCAGAAUAUGAGUUUUUAAUCAUUAAAGUGGAAGAUGGUAUAGUCAUUCAACCUUGAAACUAGGUAUAUUUGGUAUUGCUUAAUAUAAUUUGUAGUAAGUAGCAAUUGUAAAGUGUCCCUAUUUACCCCUUGAUAGGGGUCAAUAGGGACAGUGAUAAAUGUAACUCACAGAACCUUAAUGCAACAGGUACAGGGGUCGAAAGGGACACAAAAAUAGUUUUUAAAAACACAAAUUAACCUUAAAUACUUUAAAAUAUUAAAACAUCAUUUAAACAUAUGUGUGCCUCAUCUUAUUAACGGUUCUUUCAUGACUUGAAUCACUUGAAUAGAAUCAAAUUCAGAUACAUCUUCUACAACUGGGAAAACAUAAACACUAUUGUCUUUGGAGUUUUGUCUCAAAAAUGAUGCCACAUAUGUUUUUCCUUCAAGCACAACUUCAGUAAUUCUACCAAUAAAAUAUUUAGGAGCCCCCUUUACACUCUCAAAUUUCACUUUCGCCCAAUCCCCAAUGUGUUACACCCUAUCAGUAGACAGUUCUUCUGGUUUCUGAGUAGGUGUGGAGUCUUCUCUCUAUUCAGAACUGUGGUCACUGGUGUCACCAUCACUAUUUUCUUCUGAUUCAGUCACUGAAUUUGACAAGUCAUGUGCAUGAACACUCCUGCCAGGCAGUAUGAUCAGUUUCCUUGUUCUACCUGGUUUUGGAAAAUUACCAUCAGCUCCCCUUUGAUGCUUUAAGAAUUCAACCAGGCUGCCAUUAACAGUGCCAGUGCUGCCCUCUCCACUUUCUUCAGAUGGCAACAUUCCAAGAACUUGGUCUUGAUUGAAAGGAUAAACACCAGUCUUCUUGAAACCUGAACAAAUGUUUCUUUCUAUGGUUGGUGAUAACAUGUCAAGGGUUUCUUUCAAAAUUCAAGGAAAGUACUUCUUAUCAAUUCCUGAACACUUGUUAGUUCUGUGCGACAUCUAGAGGUUGUGCAAGAUGAGUUGAGGUUGGUGGUAAGAAAACACACUCAAUGUCAUGCUUUUUGCACAAAUCAAUGAUAGCUGGAGACAGAUGAGAACUCAUAUAUCAUGAAAGGUGGCAAUAGUGUGCCAUCGCCUGUAGCGGCAAAUGUCGUGCUUACAUUGGAUUUUGUUUGAUUCAUAACCCUGUCAGGAUAUUUGCAAUCUCUUUUGUACAGAAGUUUUUUUCCUUCCAGGGCCGUCCACCAGGUGUCUCAUCAUGCUUUAAUAUUUGCUCUGGGGGAACACCAUUUAGAGUUAUUUUCAACUCUUCAAAAUAACAAACAAUAUCCUGUGAGGUAACUUUAGCCCUGGUUUGGGAUAUAUUUUGACAUAUUCGUGAAGAAAUAACUUUGUGUCUCUCGAUGAAAAAUUGUGCCCAAUCUGGAGCUGGAAGAUUGUUUUUAAAUUGCUUUAUUAUUCUUCCUUCUCUGUCCAAAUAGUACUUCACAAAACAUAACAUCAUACAUCAAACAUGCAUAGUGGAUAUCACCAUCUUCCACAAGUAACAACACUUUCCACAAUCUUCACUUCAGUUGGCACACUAAGAGCUGUUUGUCCUCCCUUCUUAUUUCUGUUUUCAAUUUCCUGCUUAGACAUUUUGCUGUACCUUUGCAAUGCAGAUUUCAAUUUUUUUUCUUCAUUUUCUGAAGCUUUUCAGAGUUAAAUCCCUUUUUUAAUGGCUUCUAUAGCGCUUUCAGGUCCUCUUGUGUAACAUUUUUGUGGCGAUGACCUCUAGGAUCACACUGAUAUUUCCUAACCAUGUUGUCCCUAAUCACCCCUGAAAGUUAAAUAAAGUUACAGCAUAAGAGAAAAUAUAUUACAGUUUCUAAAAAAACAUGAUUGUUUCAUAAAUAUCUGAGCAUGUCUCUCGUGUAUAAUGAUAAUAUUUACCUGGAAACUUUUGAAAAGAUUCCUCAAAAGUAUGUAGCAUGUACAGCUGAAGUUUUUCCGCCAAAAUGAAAACAACACAAACAGAUGACAAGUUUGAACAAGGCUGCAAACUUCUGAAAUAAGUCAAAGAUGAUAGUAACCAAGUAUUUCAGAGAAACAAACUCAUAAGGUGUUUUGGAUAUCAGAUUUCACUACAGACAAAUGAUUUUUCAUUGCGUUGGUAACACAUAAAACUUUUUCCUGAACUGCUGUCCCAAUUCACACCUGAGUCCCUAUUCACUCCAGUUUAUGGCAUAGUUUUUAAGGAAUUGGCAGUAAUGGUAUGUGCAACAUGAAAUUAUCUUUCUCAUAAAGUGAGUACACAGUCACUCUCUGAUACUUCUUAUUAAGUCACUCUAUUCCAUGUCAUUCUUGUUAGUAUUCUACAGUUUUCACCCCAGAAAGGCAUUAUACAUAAGCAUUCUGUUUAUCUUAAAAAUCACUGAAGUGCUUUUGGCAUCUCCGAGAACUUCUGCAGAACUCAUUUAAGGUAUUUUUCAAUGCAUGAAAAAAUAUUUGUUAUCAUAUGAGAAAUAAACAUUCGUGCCCCCUCCCUCCUCCAGUGUAUCAAAUUUUAUAUCAGUCAAAAUUUUCUACAGUUUUCUCACAAUAACUCAAUGGAUUUUUAUAAUCCUUGGAGCAUAUAAUGAAACCCACUGUGUCUCUUCUACCAAUUCAAAAGGUAAGGUCUAAAUAGCAAAUUUGCUAACUAAUGCAGUCAUUGAAGUAUUGGAUUUAUGGAAAUUCACUUUCUUGAAAUCAUUCCAUGUUAGUAGCUGAUUCCUGCUCUCAUCAUGCCACUGAUCACCACUCUUCACACUACAUUGUGUGAUUCCUCAAAGUUAAUAAUAAAAAUGAUUUCCACAUAACCAUAAAUUUUCAGUUAUAGAUAGUAGUCCUCUCUGCAAAGAAAAUACUUUUGUUCAUUUAUUUCAGCACUUCUCAUUUGCCUCGUAGUAGAUGAUUUGUGUUGAAUCCAUUUGAGCUAAAGUUGUGGAUGUUUAAUACCUUGUAAUUUCUAAAAAUGUUUCCCUUCUCCUCCACUUUUUGCACUCUUAUUUUUCUCUAGACAAAUUAAUUUCGCUCUGAAAGCUUAACAUUGAUAUGCCUUUUUAAGAUCCUUUCAUUCUUAGUUAUUGUAUACGAACUUUACAAGUAAUCCUAAAGGACAUGAUACAUGAUUGUUUAACCCCUUUUACUGACAGGUACCUUGUGCAUGCAUACUUUACAUUGUGAAUCAUUAUUUCACACUUUUUUUGCACCAAAGUGUUUAAACAUGAUCAUGUUCAGCUGUAAACAGUUACUGCAGAAAUAUGUGAUAUUAGUCAUCUCUCUCUCUCUCUCUCUCUCUCUCUCUCUCUCUCUCUCUCUCCCCCCCCCCCCCCUCUCUCCCUCCCUCCCCCUCCCUCCCUCCCCCCCUCCCUGCCUCUCCCCCUCCCCCUCUCUCCCCCCCUUCCCUCCACCCCACCCCCUUGUGUGUGUGUGUGUGUGUGUGUGUGUGUGUGUGUGUGUAAAGAUUUACCUGUAUGAACUUUCAUUCUUGGUAAUUUAACCAUGUGUUCAUCAAAUAUGGAGGGAAAAUAUUUCAUAGAAGGAAAAGAAGUAACCAAUGAAAAUGAGAUAUAUAUGUGUAUAUAUUGCAUCAGAGGUUGUGCCCAUUAUUUUUAUACUGUUCUGAAUCUUUUGUGGAUAUACAGAACACUCUGUUUUGUUUCAGUGAAUAGUGUGUUAUUUUUAGAGAAAUGUAUUUACUUUAGGCUUAAAAUAAGAGAUAAAAGUGCCUUCUCUUUCACUAAACACUUUUUCUGUGUACAUUCUGGUUUCGCUACUCUGCACUUGGUUGUAUUGAGACUUUAUAUACUGUGGUGCUUUAAUGCAGAACUUUUAUUUUCUUCACAAUACAAAAUCUUGUUCAAUGCCUAUAAUGUUUGAAGUAUUAUUGACAGACAGUAUAUAAAAAUACAAAUUUGAAAGGCAAAGAGAUGCUAUAUUUUUGGGUCUUUUUUUCUUUGAUGUACCUGUUAUGUAUUAGUAGAGUAAUAAUAUGAGUGCUACAUUCAAAAUUAUGUUAUAUUACUGUGAUUCUUGUGGUUUUGUUAAUACAUUCUCUAAUUUCAUGUAUAAUUUACUGAAGUUCCAGACAAUUUUGCAUGCUGUACACGUCAAUAUUUAUUUGUUGCAGAUAUUCACAUUGUUUAAACAUUGAUUAAACUUGCUUUCUAUUUAA